AUGGGCGUAGCAGAUGUGCUUGAGCUGCUCAGCGAAGAACUUGAGCUGGAGGUAGCUGACGAGAUUGGAGUUAUGAUGGAUGAGCUGGAGGACAGACUGGUUGUGAGCGAGGACGAGAUGCUUGAAGAAGCGUCGGAAAUGCUCGCCGAGAAUGUCGAUGGCUCAACACUAGUCGAAUUUGAGAAGCGUGCCGAGGUGGAAGAUGUUGAUUCUGUCCUUGUGGAAGUCUGA